UCGGCCCACGUGAUCAGCUGCAGGACUGGCACGUGCAAUCCUGUACGAUCCUCCAGCAGCCUUCCUGGGACGGCGAGGUCAUUAGGGGCUCAGCAAGCCUCUCCCGGCACGUGCUGUAACACGGUAGAUGCAUGGGGAGCGCUGCGAGAGGCCUUGCCUGACAAGUCUUUGCUAAUAGCAAGGGACUGUGUUCGCUGAUGGGAGGUGCUAGCUCUGUUUCCUACACCUCAAUAGCACUUAGUGACACUGGCUCUUCGGGAGGGCCGUGUGUCUGAGGCUGAGACCGCCAGGCGGUUGGUAGGGAAUGUGGCACUCAGAAGAUCUUUUGGCUUUUGUAAAUGAGACUGUCGAACUGUAGCCUGAGAAUGGCAUGUAACUUGGCAGAUGCCUUAUUUGGUAGUGGAGUGGAGUGGAAACCCCAGCAACUGCCUCCUUGCAGCCAGAUGCUCAGACCCAAAUCCCUGAUCCGUCGUGGGCAGGAGCUGGGAGGACUCCUGCUGGAAUCUCUGCAUUCUACGUUCAGGGUGCGGAGCAGGUGGACGAGAGCUCCACUGGACCCAGGGACCACAAGGACAGAGGUCCGGACUCUCUUUGUGAGCGGUCUUCCCCUGGACAUCAAACCGCGGGAGCUCUACCUGCUCUUCAGACCCUUCAAGGGUUAUGAAGGCUCUCUUAUAAAACUCACCUCUAAACAGCCUGUAGGGUUUGUCAGCUUUGACAGUCGCUCAGAAGCAGAAGCUGCUAAGAAUGCGCUGAAUAUGCGCUGGCUCCCUCCCUCAGAGGCUGCUUCUCAGGGCUGGAAGUCCCGUCAGUUCUGCUGAAUACUGUGUAUCAGGUGUGUGAUGGUGGCUACAAUCAGUCUUGUGGGUAUUAAUGGAGCCUUUGAAGGUGGCUACUGGUUUCUCAUGCCCUCCUGCAAAACUACAGUGUGCUGGCUUGAAAAACCUCACACAAGUUUUGAUUCCUUCAAGACUUUGCCACAGCCUCUAUCACACAUCUGCUCUCGUAGAAGAAAAAAAAAGCAUACAAACUAAUGUUUUCCUUUUUUACACUGUAUUAUUGUAAGGAAGAGUGUUACUUGUGAAAGCACGGUCGGACAGUCAUUGCUGUAUAGUUUGAAAAGUAUUUUCAAACAAAAAACAUAAAAAAGCAAACUAUAAAAGCAAAAAGAGAGCAAGUAUUUUUAUACCAAACAUUAUGCGUAUAAUGAUCUUACACCGGGUUAGAUCACCAGUUUUGUGCUUGACUUUUGAAUGCGUGCAAUUAAGAUUCUCUCAUUUUUCUUUUUUGUAAGCUGCAUGUUCAAGACGUUUUUAAAUCUUGUCAGAAUUAAAUAAUUGUAUUGUUAGGUUUAUAGGUAUUGUGCUCAGCCUUGGCGAAGUUAAAAUGUGCUAAACUACAGAUCUGAGUAUAUUUACAGUAUUAGGGUUUUAUUCCCCAGUGUACCAUAUUCUAUCAGGCAGGACAAUCAGAAAACAACUUAGUAUAAUUUGUCUACCUUCGGGCUACAGUUACAGCUUGCAGUGUGAGGCUUUAGUCUAGCAGAGAGCUGUGCAGGGAAAAGCCAUGUAUGGAGCAAGUUGAGACUGUUAUUAAUGAGAGCUCUCCCUGUGCUCUCUUCAUGUACACUUACAUUUGCUCUGUCACAUGGUAUCUUUCCAGGGGCAGGAAGGGCUGGUUCCAGUAACUGCUUGAAAUUUUUAUUGGCAAUGUAAACUGCUGUAAUGGGGAAAAAUUGACCCCAAUUCAGCAACACACUCAAGAACAUGCUUAAGUCUAGUUGAAGUUCAUGGGACUUAAACACAUGCUUACAGUUACACUUAAGUGCUUUGUUGAAUUUGGGCCUUAAUGAAUAGUUGAUGCCUGUCCAGCUCCUUGCUAUGUAAUUUACUGGUAUUUUCAAUGCAAAAAUGAAGCCAAAAAGGGAAGCGUUGGCAUUUUCUGCUAAACCCUGUUCUUUACUCCAGUCAUUGUCUUGAAGCAAUAUUUGUAAUGUUUACUGAGAAUACUGUACCAGCAACAAGAAGCUUAUUUUAACAGUACAUUCCUUUUCCCUGAUUGCUUUUCACUCUGCACAGGAAUAGAAUAUAAAAAUGAGUCUUUGUUUUCUUGUAAAAGGAUUGACAACUCCUUACCCCUACAGACGACUCUCUCUCUCCACCCACUCCCCCGUAAGGAAUGCUCUGCUGCAGACUGCACUGAUUGGGUCAAGGCCCUGAUUGUUGACAAGUGUGGUGAAAGUGUGCUCACAAGUUUCCCCCUAGUUUUGUUCACAUUGUGCUGAACACGUAGUGAUGUCAGUGUUUUUAUGAUGACAACACAAUUGUUCUUUGUGGAAAUGCAGAUGUUGAGAAUUCUUCAGUCCGAAGACCACAAUGGUAGUUGAAAGCAUAAGACAGAAAAACAUCACUUCUACUUUUGUUUAAACAAAGUGACAAGGAGAACUUGAGAACAAAUUAAAUUCUAAGGCAAAUGUUGAAAUAAAUCUAAACAGAAAUGUAUAAGCAUUCUAACCAAUAGACUAGUUCUUUAGAAAACAGAUUUUCUGUAUUUGUUUUGGGAAAUAGAGGAAAGAAAAACUUCCACAUUGUCUACUCUGCUUUUUUGAAAUAUGUUUAAAGGUACUUUUCUAUUGUAAUUUUUAAAAAAUAAAACAAUGAUUAUUAUAACUUA